UGGGGGCGCCAUUUGUACAUUGUAUUGUACGAUACCAGUGCCAUCUACUCUUUUUUUUUAUAUUUUUAUCGUAGCAGCCCGUCGGGGGGAGCUGCGCGCAGUUGCCUGCGAUGGCCCCACCACCUUUCUCGUACAGGGUACGAGUGCUUGCGGCAAUCGAUGCCUUCUAUAAUCCUAAACAUGCGAGGCCUAUCCGUCUUGCAUCUAUUGGUACGAUACACGCAAUCAUGAUUUACUGUUCGCUUUUGUCCGGAUGGACGUGUUAAUGUGGACCGUAGAGGCUCGUUACAAACGGGAUUGUGAUUCUCAGAAAUGUGCCCUGCCCGGGUCGUGGCGAAAACGCGUCCUGCUUGUAUGUUACCCCUGGACUCAACGGAUAUGUCUUUGUUGCUGAUCGCUUGAUUUUUCCCUUGCACAGACGGCGAAGAAGCUUGCUCAAGAGGGCUGGCUCUCUGCCACAAACGAUGGCACUUAUCUCCUUACGCCAAAACUACGAGCCAUAAUUGAGGCGGAGAAGAGACGGCGGGAGGUCAGUCCGAGCAGUCAUGAUUGGAAUACGUUUGCUGCGAUUGUGAAGGCUAUGGAGUUUCCUGCUGGUGUCCCCCAAAUCCAGAAUUACGCCCCUUCCUCUACUCCGGCGGGGAGAACAAGAAGACGAACUAGCCUGGUCUCUCCAGUUACGGCCGUUCCCACCCGCUCGCCAGCCGAUGCUGCUCCAUCCUUGAAUACCCCUGUCACUCGCCGGACAAGUGGUAACCUUCCGCUCCCGAAUGGUCGCUCGACACCCAACACCCGUUCCAUGUCUGGUGCUGGCCCAUCCUCUGUCAAUGUUCAGCGUGAAAACACUAUCUCGUCGAGCCCUUCUUCCGCCCCUCGUCCAACUUCACCGGCGGGGCCAUCUCGCGACGACCAUGGUCUAAGACGGGGGGUAUUACUGGGCAAGAAAGUUCGGCGUUCCGAUCCGGGUCCCCGUCUUAUACUUGGCACACCCAUCGUCUCUCCAAGUUCCGGAGCACGUGGAUCACUUGGAUCUUCCGAACAGUCUACCACCGUGCCUCCUCGCAAGCCCCCGGGGGUGGCUUCCACAGCCCGUCGUCGCUCCUCUGGUUCCAGCCGUCGCCGCCAUACCAUGGCAGCUCCGAUACAGCCUCCUCCGCAACAGAUUAGUUUCCCUGCACCUGUCUCAAGAGAGAUACAAUUUUACCCGUUGAAACAGGCUCUGUCGGCCCGCACCCGUCGUGCCCUUCGUCGAAAUGCUCUGAGCGAGGAAAUGAAUAAUAUUGACGACGAGAGACGAGCAGGACAGAGGAGGAAUAGGGAAGAGCUGGCCAAAUUAAGGGCUGAAUUGGCUCAGAGUGCAGAGCGAUUGCGGGACUUGGAGAGAGAGCUUGUUGCUGCGAGAUAUGCGCCAUCCGAAGAGCCUGAGCCCAUGUCUCCUAUUCGUGAAGAAGAGCCCGAACACAACGAUGCUCCGCAAGCUGAAGAUUAUGACAUGGGAUACGCGCCCCCCGUCGACUCACCUUCACCGCCUGCCACACCAUUCAGAAGAGAGACACAAAGUGCGGAUGGAAGUGGACAGGAAACCCCGGUUUCGACACGCGACAAGAAAAUAAGGGAUCUCGAGGCCAUGAUCGAGCAACUGAGGGAGGAUAUCAAACAUCGUGAGCAGGAGGCAGCCGCCCGCGCGCAGGAGGAUGAAAUAUUCCACGACGCGGAAGAACAAAUUUUCCUGGAGAAGAAUAACUUUCUGAUGGAAAAAAUACAUGAUCUUGAGGCAGAGCAAUCAAAGGCCAAUGAUACGGCUGCGGCGUUUGAAGAUGUUGAGGAGGGAAUUGAUGCGGAUCUCGAUCAUGCCUACACUGGCCCUACUGCUGAUGACUUUGACGAUGACGUAUCUGAUACCGAGCAGCUUCAUGACGACAUGGGUUUCCCUUCUUCGGCUAUUGAUAGCACGUCAAGCCGGUUUCAGGCUACCGGUACCAGGACUCAGACAGAGAUCAAUGUUUACGAAUCUGAAUCCCACUCGAAGAAGAUAUCCGAGCUUGAGGAUCAGAAUGGAGGCCUCCAGAGGAUGAUUGAUGACUUAACCGAUCGGAUCCAAGUUAUGCAGGAAGAGAUUCGAGAAUCGCAGACUGGAUUGGUUGAACAGGAAGAGACAACUGAAGCGCUGAAGACAGAGGUGCUGAGGUUGAAGAGCCAGAAGCAAACUCUCAGGAAGAGGAUCAUCGAACUGGAGGAGAUGGAAGGGGAGAGGCUGGAGAGCAUGCAGGAUUUGAUGGUGCAAACGGAUGAGGUGGUGGAUGAAGCGACGAUUCUACUGGAGGAGAACGUGGAAAGGCUUAAUGCCCAAGUUGCAGAAUUGCAGGAGAUGGCUGAGGUUGUUGCUGCGGAAAAGAAUGCUGUCGACGCGAGGCUCCGCGAGACUAUGGAUCAAGUUUUUCGCUUGGAGGCAGCGGUGGAAGACGGAGAACGUUCCAAGGAAGAUGUUAAUUCUCAGCUUCAGGACCUGAGUAAGAUGAUAGACCUGUUGAAGAAGGAGAUCUCAAUCUUGGAAGCUGAGCGGGCUGAGAUGGCAGUCGAAACCGACGAAUUAAGAGACCAGCUGGCGAUCCUAGAACGCGAGACUGGGGAAUUGCGUGUCGAGAACGCCGGAUUAAAGCAGGAAGUCAACAUCCAAACAGAGAAGAUAACAGGAUUGGAGAAAACUGUCGGCCACCUCGGGGAAGAUAACGCUGUUCUUCAGGCGAGUCUUCAUCUACUCGAACUCGACAUUGAGACGCAUGAAGAAGCGGCCAAGGCUGCUGGGGAAACCAAGGACCGUUUGGAGAUCGAGAUCGAGGUUCUUCGUGAUGAGCUUAAAUCCCAAACCAAUGCUAUAGGGGCUGCGCAAAAAGCCAAUGAGGCCUUCCAGAAAACGAUAUCAGAGCUUCGUUCGCAGGUCGAUUCCCUCGAAAAAGCGAUUGGACUAUCAACCCAGGAGAAAAAGAGCUUCCUUCACAGCAUUGAUGCCCUUCAUGCCCGAGUAUUGGAUCUGGAGCAGCAACUUAAGAUUUCUGGGGACGACAAGGGAAAUUUGGAGGCUCAGAUUUGUCGCCUGAAUGAUCAGAUCCAUAAGCUCGAAGAAGCGGUCGAAGUCUCGGAAACAGAUAAGGAAAGCUUGGAGAACACUAUUGAAGACCUUCGAAACCAUAUCUGGGAUCUUGAGAACCAGCUUGAUCGCUCAACUCGAGAGCAGGAAGAGCACGCUGAACGUAUCGCCGAACUUGAAUCUCGGAUUGGUGUACUCCAAGAUCGCAUAUCUGAGCUCGAUGAGGAUGCUAGCUUCACGGAAUCGCAAAACUCAGAUCUUCGGUCUCAAGUAAGAGUUUUGGAGGAAAAGGUUGAAAAGUCUAAAAACGAACUUGAUUUCGUUAGCGAGGAAAAGGAAUGCCUUGAUAGUGAACUUGUUGGGCUCAAUGACACGAUUCAUUCCCUCCGGGAGACCGCUAGAGAUGCGGACGCUAAGAAGGCUGAACUCGAGAACGACGUCAACAAGCUACGUGCCCGACUCUCUGCAGAUAUUGCAGAUCACAAGGCAAUGCUUAAACAGGCCGAGGAUAUGAAAGAGAAGCUCGAGAAGGAUGUCAGCGAACUGCAGGACCGGAUUGAAGGUGGUGAGGCUGCAUUGGAGCAAUCGAACCAAGCUCAAGCUGUUCUUCGGCUUGAUGUAGACGAGCUUCGGGCUCAAGUUUCUGCCAGGACCUCGGAGCUCGAGAAUGCCCGCGAAGUUUCAGAGGUUGAGAGGGAACGCCUUGAGAACAAUAUCACCGGGUUGCAGGUUGAGAUCGCCUCGAUCAAGAAAACCCUCGAAUCAUCUGUAUCGGAGGGUGUUGCUUUCCAAGAUCAACUUCGUGGUCUCCGGGGGGAGCUAUCAACCAAAAUCGCGGAUUAUGAAGAGGCGCUUAAGCUUGCACGGGAGGAGAAGGAGAAUCUGGAGGAGAAUAUUGGCGGGCUAAAUGGCCGGAUUAAUUCUCUGGAGCAUGAAAUUGUGGCAUUGGACGGGGAGAAAGCUAACCUCCAAAGCGAAAUCGCAACUCUCCAGAAUCAAAUACUUGUAUUUGAGGCAGCCCUUCAGAGAUCGCAAUCUGAGAGUGGGGUACUGGAAACUCAGAUUACUGAACUUGACACCCAUAUUGACGCGCUUCGGGAAGCACUCGAUGCCUCGAAUGCGGAGAGAGCUCAACUCCAAGAGGAAAUUCAAAAAUCACAGGAUCAAAUUUCUCAACAUCAAUCUGCCCUUGAAACCGCUGGCCAUAAUAAAACACGUCUUGAGAGUGAUAUUGUCCAACUCACAUCUCAGAUAACCUCGCUACGGGAAGCUACGAUCACCUCCAAUUCGGAAAAGGAAGGCCUAGAGCGUGAAAUCGAUUUUCUCCAGAGGCAGGUAUCAGCAUUCGAGGCGACAGUCAAGCUUUCGGAUGACCAAACGGCGGAUCUUGAAAGCGAAAUCCUUAAUCUCAACACUCAGAUCGACAUGUUUAAGCAGGCUGAGGAGGCGACCAAGAACGAAAAAGAACAGAUGGAAAUAAACAUGGGUGGGAUGAUGGCUCAAAUCCAAGGCUUAACUAGGGCAGGCAAGAUCGCGCAAAAAGAGAAAGAAGAUCUUGACAAAACCAUUGCAGGCCUGAAUUUACAGAUUAGUAUUCUGGAAGAGGAACGAGAUGAUGCCCAGGCCGAGAAUAGCCGCCUAAAAUCGGAAAUCGUCGAGUACAAGGAGGAAAUUGCUUCUUUGACUAGUAUGCUUGAGCAUUCAAAUAGGGAUAGAGAAUCGCUGAAGCAGAAUAUCGAAGAGUUGGAGGAGAAAGUCGGUUUUCUUGAGGCCGCGGUUCAAGAUGCUCACGGAGGUAAUACUAGCUUGCGUCAAGACAUCAAUGCUCUCAAUGCCGAAAUCAGAACCUUGAAGCAAGCCUCCGCUCUCGCCGAUGAAGAGAAAUCUAUGAUUCAACAGAAGAUCCGACCCUAUAUCCACGGAGAGCAAUCUCUAGAUAUGGCAGUGGAGGAGGUUUUGACGGAGUUAGUUAUGGAGAAGAACCGCGCGGAUGAAAACGAGCGACUUCGUACUGAGUUAUCCAAGAAGAUCAAGAUAUUGGCCCAGACAGAUGAGGGGGUGGAUAUGGGCUCCCUCAAUCCCGAAGAGACGGUGGAAAGGUUGACGGACCGCUUUAGAGAAGUUAGAGGUUACGUUGAAAAGCUGUAUUCUCAGUGUGCCCAGAGUGAGAAUUCGCCUUUUGAAGGCCAUGAAUUGGAUGACUUUGCCUGGACCGGCUCGAAUGAGGAUGCGUUGGAAGUCCUGAGGAGUCUAGUUGGGGAGCUGUACGAGAAGGUGAAUCAGGCGCGGACCAGGGCGGUUGAGAUUGAGAAGGAGAAGGAAAAGGAGAGAAAACAGCGCAGUCUCUAUGGCCAGUAUCUGGAUGACAUUGCGAUCACUGUUGGAGUCGAGGGCGAGCAAUUGCCGGCUGAGGAGGGUGUCCUCGGGUUGGUUACGUCACGUCUCUCCGAACUUAGGCGGCAGAUUGAAUCCACUGAAGGGAAGGUUGGGGAACUCCGGGAUUCGAUGCAGCGCAAGGACGGUACCAUCAGGUCCAUGGAGGUGGAUAUCCAGGAGGCUGGUGAACGUGAAGCUGGUCUUAAUAGAAGGCUUGUGGAUGCCGCCGCCGCCCAUGAGGCUACUGCUCUCCAACUGGAUCAUGCUCAUAUCCAGAUCGAGGGACUCAACCAACUUAUUCAAGAUAAAGUUACUGAAAUUGAGGCUUUGGGAGCUGAUCUUGAAAGAAGCUCGGGGGAAGAGCGCCGCCUUCUUGACACGAUUGACCAGCAAGCUUCGGAGCACGAUACUGCCAUCUGCGAGCUCGAAGGGAAGCGCGUGGAAGCAAUUGCCCGUCUCGAGGAACUUCUGGAAGAGGAGGUCCUGGCUAAGACAAGGGCUGAGGACCUUGCGGCAGAGGAGGCAAGAAAAGCUGGUGAAAUCAUCCGGGAGCUCAAGGAGCAGGUCGCUGGGUGGAGAGCACAGUAUGAAGCUUUAGACGCAAGGCUCGGUAUGAUGAAGGCAGAUCAUGAGGGCAAGGUUGCCCAGCUUAAUGACACAGUUACCAGGAAUGAGGGUAGGAUUACUUCACUAUCGGAGGAACUUCGUGAAGCGCUCGAGACAAGUGAGCGCGAUAUAGCUACUCUUGGGGACCAAUUGAGGUCUGCGCGUGACGAGAUAGCCAGCCAGAAUUUGGCCUUGAGUAAGGUUUCUGCAGAACGCGAUAAUGCUUCCAGACAACUAGAGGCGGAGAUCUUGAGCAGCCGGGGCGCCGUCGCGAACCUAGAGAAGAGAAUUAGUGACAUCAAGAACGAGUCUCAGCGUCAGCAAUCCCGUGACCUUGGCUGUCUCUCGGAUCUUAAGCUUGAGCUCGAAACCCAUAGGUCAAAGUCCCUUCUGGAGCAGGAGCGUUCUCGAGCGGAUAUUCAUGCACGUGACCAGGCGAUUGGAUCGCACGAGGCUCGUAUCUCGGAACUCCAGGCGUUGCUUGACGAGGCCGAAGAAUCAGAGGCGGCGCUCGAAGAGGGCAUCAAGUCCCGUGAGAGUCAACUCCAACUUUCCUACGAGGAAGCGGCCAAGAUAAAGGAGGCCUUGGAAGCCGAGAAGGACAAAUUGAUGGAAGAACUGGCUGAACUAAGGAUUGAGAUGGAGCAGACUCGCACAGAACUGACGAACGACAUCGAAGGCCUCCGAACAAUUCUCGAGGGCAGGGAAGUCCGAAUCAACGACCUCGAAGCUGUCGUCGGCAUCCUCCGCAGCGAGAGGAUCAAACUUGCCGAAACUGUGGAGGAGCUCGAAGCAGAGCAGAUCAGAUACCAAGACAUGCUCGAGUCGGAGCGACAGUCCGGGCUUGAGGCUGUUCAAGCGCUCAGUCACCAAGCGGAGAAAUAUAUGGUUCGGUUUGGCGAGGUCAAGCAGCAGUACAUUCGUGAGGGUGCGAAGCGUCAGGCCGAGGGUAGGAAGGCGAGUAAGAGGCUCCGGGAACAGGACGAUGAGGUGGAUAAUGAUAUCGCGGACAUGCUCCUUCAUGCUCCGCCUACGCCUGCGUCGACCAUACCGAGGCCCUUGAGCGUGACGCAUAGUGCGAAGAAGAGGGAUAGCAAGAGGAGAAAGUAUGAUAGUGGCAUCGGGGUUGAGGAAGAGGAGGAGGAAGAGGAGUACACGUCUAUGGCACCUGCUUGAGCUUGAGCGAAAAGGGGUUUUUCGAAUUUUUGGUCAUUAGAAUUGGGGGUUUCUUUCCUCUCUUGUUUUAUUUAUUUAUUUAAAUCUCCGUUGUUGCUCCCCUAUAUGAUGCUAUGAUGGUACGAAGGACAUGAGGAUCUCUAUGAUUGGACGGUGGCAUUUGAUUUUGGCUUGUUUUCGCAUAUUUUUCCCUCAUUUUCUUGCUUUCUCAUUUGGCUGGGAGUCUGGCUUGUGAUAAUCCUGUGGCAAUACCUCCUUUUCUCUGGCUUUACAUGUGCGGUUUCUGGGUUUUAAGGGAGCGAGUAUGUUACUAGCUAUGGGGUUUUGUUCUCGUCCAGGGGUCGUGUUCAUUCUAUAUAUUUUUUCUUUAUCA